AUGGUGGGGUUAAUCGCACUUCUGUUUUUCCAAUUAUUCCUCAUCCUUAGAGGAAACAAUCCUGCCAGAAUUAUCAAAAAUGAAGUAAUCAUUCCAAAGGACUUGUUCGAAAAUGAAAAGGAUUUGAGCACCUUUGUAAAACUGAACGAGGAUUAUUUAAGGUACCAUCUCCUGGGGUCAACCGAAUUCAACCAAGCUAUUGACAUUAAUCCAGGAAAAGAGGUCCGCCAGCUAAAGUAUAAAAAGUAUGACUUCACUGCAUUCAACUUGGCUGAAAAUAUAGAUUUGGAUCUAGAACAAUGCAAACGGUUGGGGUUGAAUUCGCUGGUAAAGAUAAGCAAGGCAACAAACAUGAGGACUUCCUUGCACGAAGUAGUACAAAAUAUCCUCAAUGACAUAGAAUCGGGAGAGAAUGAUUAUUUAGCCGGACUAAGGAAAAUUAUCCUUCCCGAAUUGAGGCUUCAGUUGGAUCUUGAUGUGGUGGAAAAGUUUUGGUUCCGUUUGGCGGGGAGUUCGAUAUGGUUAAAAGAUUAUGGAGUUCAUUAUAUGGUGUCUCGAAUAAUGUAUAGUCCUAAGGGCACGAGGAACUCUCCCAUACUUUCAUUGGCGUAUGCACAAUUAUAUGACGAGAACUGGAAUGAGUUGGUGGGCACUAGACUACUACUUCCGAAGGCCCGCAACUCUCCUACUGGUGAGCAGUACAUAUUAAACUUCCCGCAUAUCGUUCCCAUUCCCUUCUGGCAAGAUCCCAAGAUAAACGAAGACCAGUAUUAUGGACCCGAAGAUCCAAGAUUGAUCUUGGUCAAAAAUGAGGGAGGAUACGAUGAACCAUUGAUUUUGUUCAAUUCGUAUAAUUGCAAGAUGGACACCUAUGAUGACGAUGAGGAUGAGAAGUUGGUUACAUCACAGAGGUGCUACCGCGCCAUGUCUCUUUGCUGGCCAUGGCAAUUUGAUAGCGAACGGAAAUACAGUAAAACUGCUGAGCUCAAACUUGAAAAUUAUAGAUUGAGAACGCAGAAAAAUUGGACGCCAUUUACAAGCUACCUUGAUCGUCAGGUUGAUGGGUACGACUCGCAUAUUUAUUUCGUUUUUAGGUGGGCCAAUUUAGAUAUUUUGAAAUGUGAUUUACAAGGCGCAUGUUCUUAUGACUAUAGAUUUAAUAUCCUGUUGUCGCCUAAAAACCAGGUUGGUCCAUUUAGGGGAGGAACUCAAUUGAUGAAUUUGAAUGAAUUGGUCACUGUCAAAGAGGACAGAGAAGUAUGGGCGGGAUUUGCUAGAGCACAUAUAGAUGACUGUGGGUGUGGAAGUUCGAUGUAUCGGCCAAACUUGGUGGUAAUAGUUAAGGAAAGAAAGGACUCUAAAAACUAUUACAAGGUGACUCACAUAUCGUCCUCGUUAUCAUUUAAUAUGUAUGUUCCAGGGUGGGAUUUAUUGUACCCCGAAAAUUCAUGCCUCAGAUCUAGUGUUCUUAUCCCAAACGGUAUCUCACAGUGGAUCGCCGAUAAGGAUUCAUCUGGAACAAUAGUUGAUGAUUAUUUGACUUUGACCUUGUCAGUAAGUGAUUACACUGUGCAUAGAGUGAAUGUCAAGGGACUUUUAAAAGAGUUGAUAAAUUGGGGUGUGCUAAAUUACGAUGUAACUGCGGAUCCACACCAUGCUAAUGACAAUCUAGUGUGUGCUUUGCAAUCGUCGUUUCAAUUCUGUGCAAGAUACGGUCUUGAACACCAUUUAAAGAAACCAAAAAAUUUCGAAAAGGAUGCAGAUGGAAUGAUGGUUGAUCCUGAAAAAGUAGAGUACUUUAACUAUGCACAAAGAUAUGACCUUCGAGGGGUGCCAUAG